UUGCGAAUGCCAGGUGCUAAAUUAACACAAUGUUUUAGUCAUUCCUUAUAUAAAAAGUGAAUUAAUAAUGUUGUAUAUAUACAUGUACCGGUAACAUGUAUAGUGGUACUCGCUGAACUCUCAACAGGAAGUGUUUGUGUGCUGGGAAGUCAGAGGCGGGGACGGUUCGACCCAAGAAAAUAAAAGAUUAAGUCCGGGGGCUCUGAAUUGUUCAUGAUGGAGAACAGUGCAAGACCUUCAACAACUCAAAUCAUCCUUCUUGCCACAAGUUCAGCUUUCACAGCGUUCUUUUACUCUGUUUACAGAAAGAAAUCAGGCACUGCAUGCAGAUUAAAGGAAGCAACAAAAAUUUCAAUAGAUCAGGAUCUGAAAAAUAUCCUCUCUGUGGCACCAGGGAAAUGUGUCCCAUACGCAGUUAUCCAAGGUGUGGUUAAAUCUGUUAAGGAAACCUUGAGUAGCCAGUUUGUGGACAACUGCAAAGGAGUCAUUGAAAGACUGACUUUACAGGAGCACAAGAUGGUCUGGAAUCGCACAACCCAUCUGUGUUUAGUUUUUCUUCAGGGUAGACACACUAAAGCUGGAGUUGACUCUGCAGUGCAGCACUUUGAUCUGCGCCUGUGUAAAGCACAUCUUUACAUGCAUGACACACGCGCUUCAAAAAAGAAUGACUGCGAAAAGAAAAUUCAUCAGCGCACAAACACGGUGCCCUUUGACCUGGUGUCACAUGACGACAGUGUGGACAUUGCCGUGAGAGUUCUCAAACCACUGGAUGCAGCUGAACUAGACCUUGAAAAGGUGUACGAGAAGUUCCACCCCACAGUCCAGUCCUUUACUGACGUAAUAGGGCAUUUCAUCAGCGGGGAGAGGCCGAAAGGCAUCCAAGAAACUGAAGAGAUGCUGAAGGUUGGAGCAACUGUAACAGGAGUAGGGGAACUGGUACUGGAUAGAAACAUUAUAAAACUACAACCCCCAAAGCAGGGAAUGCAGUAUUACAUCAGCCAAAUGGGUUAUGAAUCACUCCUGCAGAAGCAGCAGUCCAGCGUGAAAAUCUGGAAGAUCUUGACUGUUGUUUUUGGCAUUGCUACCUGCGCCACUUUGUUUUUUAUACUGAGAAAACAAUAUCGACAUUACAAGGAGCAAAAGAGACAACAAAACAUACAGGAGGAGUUUAGGGAGAUGCAAACUCAGCAUUUCAGAGUGAUGAAUUUAGAGGAAGACUUGAUUUCCCAGAAUGCAUGCAUUAUCUGUCUGAGUUGCGACAGAUCUUGCGUGUUCUUAGAAUGUGGACAUGUUUGCUCCUGUGAUGAAUGCUAUCAGGCUUUGCCCACUCCUAAAAAGUGUCCCAUUUGUAGAAGUGCUAUUUUGAGAGUGGUUCCUUUGUACAGUAGUUAAUUUUCAAUGUAGGUGAGUUACAUGCAUUUCUAAAAAAUCAGUGCUUUUUUCAGUUGAAUUGUUACCGCUUCAAAAUCUUUCUUUGCAAUUGAAAAAUGAUAAGAACACCUGUAUCAUUUAUUUCUGUUCUUGCAUUGAUGCAAAUUACAAUUCUCAAAUGGAAAUGGUUAUUAUUUAUCCUCUGGCUCAGUUUGUGUUUGUUGUUGAAGCAGGUUACUUAAAUUGCAUCUUCCUUUUAAAUCAAGGAUUGAAAUGUAUUCCUAUGAUGGUGGUGGCUGGUCAAAAUAACAAAGCAUGUAUAAAACGAUUGCAGUUAAAGCAUAUGAUUAAUGCAUUAUUGUUUUGUCUUUAAAAUAAAAAAAGUAAUUGAUAUAUUUGUAAAACUUUAUAUGAAAUAAUAAAUGAUUAACUGUG